UCAUUUUUUUCAGUUGGUAAUAGUGAAAAGAAAUGCGUCUGAUUUGUGCUGUAUUUUUUACAACAAAAUAAACAAUUUUCUAAAUAUUUUCCGCAUUUGUAUUCGUUUCUGUCGGCUUUUGAAAUGUGCGUAAUUUAACUUUAAGUGCGAGCGAGCCGGAAUUAACGCUUAAAUUCGAAAGAAAACGGUUUUUUUGGCGAUAGGACGCCAUUUUUGCCAUGUAACUGUCAUAGCAAACAGUAGAAAGGUCCCUGUCAAAACUAAACACAAAUAUUAUUAAUUCUGGCUAAAUAGUGCGUGAAAGCACAUAUUUCUGGACACGAUUGAUUACCAGAAAGUCCAUAUUAACGUCAUAUGAAGCCAUACAAUGACCCUCAAAGGAAGAACACUGGUUGAACUAAAAAAUAAACAAUAUGGACAUUUGAGAAGACCUACUUAUUGAUGUUUCCCAGAACAGGACUUUUGGCGAUGUAAAUGGAGAAAAAAGCGGUUAAAACUAUGUCAAACCGGGCCCCAAAGAAGCCUGUUAGUGACCUGAACGAAUGCAUCACUUGUAAAUUAUGCAAUGGUUAUUUUAUUGAUGCCACUACUAUUAUUGAAUGUUUACACACAUUUUGCCGGAGUUGCAUAGUCCGCUAUUUAAAAUCAAACAAAUAUUGUCCAAUUUGUGAUGUGCAAGUUCACAAAACAAAACCUCUACUUAACAUUAGACAGGAUAGGACUAUACAAAGUCUAGUUUACAAACUGGUUCCAAGGUUACAUCAAAAUGAAUCUAAAAGAAGAAGGGUCUUUUAUCAAUUAAACCCUGCAGCUAAUCCCUUGCCAUUUGAACUAGAGGGAAAAUCUCCAUAUGAACAUAUUUUAGCUCCUGAUGAGGUGAUAGAUUUGACUCUGAGUUAUAUUGGUGCUCCUGGUUCGCCAAGAUACUUACGAUGCCCGAGUGCAGUCUCUAUCGGCCACCUGAUCAGACUUAUCCAAGCCAAAUACGAACUGACCGACAGGCACCGAGUAGACUUAUUUUACAACAAUGCCCUUUUAGACUAUACACUUACCCUAAUGGAUGUGGCUUACAUUUAUUCAUGGAAAAAGAUCGAACCUCUGUCUUUAACCUAUAAAAUAUACGAGCGGGCGAAAAAACCCAAACUGGAACCUCCGGAAAAUAGUCAAAAUACAAGCAAUCCUCAAUUAAAUAACAACAAUAACAAUUGGAAAGAAGUGCAACUGAGAAUAAGUGAAAAUGGUGAAAUGUCGAUAACUGGAAUCCAAGAUUCUGGCAUGUUAGAUUUACUAGAAUCCACUGAGAAUUUUCAGAGCGAAAUUGUGAUAAAUGAAAGUAAAGCCGGUGAAACCUGUCCCAAGUUGGAGGAAGUUGAUAGUAAAAAUGACAAACCUGAUGUGGCUCCCACUAAAGUCGUCAUUAGUCAACCUGAGGAACCUCCCGUGACAAUUUCUCCAAUUCAACCUCCAAAAACCGUGGCAAAUUCAAAAUUGCUCAAUUCAGGAAUACGAAUAGUGAUUAACAACGCCAAGUCGGCUUCUGAGGCUAAGAAAGCUCAACCUCUUCCACCUACAACCACAACCUCAAUAACAAUCUCAUCUAUUACAACUACAUUAGCAACAGUAUCAACCAGUAUACCCAAAUUGAUAGAGGUCUCAUCCACUGAGGCUCCUACAGUAGCGAAAGUAACGACUAAGAUGCCCAAAUUGAUUGAAGUGAGCGAAAACUUAAACUUAAAUAGUGAAUUAUCUGUGAUCCCAAGGAAUCUCGUUGAAAGGUCUGGGUUUGAAGGCUGUGUGUCUUUGAGCUCCUGUGGUACCACUACUGUUUUUAGUACAAUUAAUAAGAGCAUGUGUAGUACCAAAUCUGAUGAUACUAGGGUGGCUCCAGUAGAGAAAAUCACACCGCCAACUCCCAUACUGAAAAGAAAAAACGAGGAACCAAGCCAAGAGGUCCCUACAAAGCAACCUAAACCUACCAUCUUAAACCACUCUAUUGGCUUAAUGAAUUUGAAUAACACAUUGAAAAAAUCCGUCAACAAACUGAAUAAAAAUGGGGAGCGAAAAAUCGCUGAGCUAACUGAAAAGACGCCCGUUUCUAGUCAAAACUUGACCGUAAGUCACGCGGUGCUAUCCCAAAAACCACCAGUAGUAAUGGACAAUAGCAAGCCCAUAAUAAUCAACAAAAGCUUAGGGUAUUUGCAUCAGUUUUCGCGAGGCGGCUCCCCAAAAGCCUUUAAAACUUCCAACUCAGUGCCAUGUUACAUGCCUAAACCAUCAACAAACAGCACACAAAAAAACGGGGAACUCUCAAACGAAAAACUAGAAGUUAGCGUGGGAAACGUUACUCCCAAACCGCACGCUCAUUACACCCCGAUUAUCACCCCCUCGCAACUGCCGCACCAUCAAAACCUCAACUCCCUUCAACUCAAAACGACCGCAAAAGAAGACACUCCAAAACCAUCGGAGACCAGCAGCAGCUCGGAGCCACUUCCGUCUAACCUGGCUUCCUCUCGUCCCACCACCACCUCCACAGUAACCACACCAGCUUCCACUAGUGCCGCACCGUUAACGGCCUCUUCGAGUGUCUCACCGGCGCCCCCCGUUAAAGCGAAAACGGGUACUCCGAUGGGCUACAAGACCUUAAGGGACCCGCCCAAGAGUUGGAACUCGCAAAUCAACUCGCAGAUCGCUCGGGUGAAUCAGACGGUGAAGGCCCAACAGCAGUUGGCAGCUGCGCAGGCUCACGCGGCGGGAAUGGGAGGCGCGCAGGCGCGUUUCGGAGGAGACUUAAAGAGCGUGAGACCCGCGAAAUUUUUUAAGGGGCGGAAUAUGCCGAGGUAUUUAGGUAAUCCCGCUUCCGGGGUAAAGCCGAUGUAUCAAGUGCAGCCGAGCCCGGAAAAAGACAAAAAGCAGGAUCCACAGGCCCAAACGCCGAAGCUAGAAAAAUGCGAAAUUAAAAAACAUUCAAUAGUGAAAAUCGACCCGAAAACCUUAAAGCCGAUUAGUGAAAAGGCCCCGGAAACUUCUAAUCUUAGUAAUGUUAGUGUCAGUUUGGUGCCGAGUAGCCAGGAGUUAAGGUUAAAUUCUACGGGGGAUCUUAAAAUCAACACCAGUUCCGUGUCGAUAUUUAACCCAUUGAAAUUGCAGCAAAACUCUCCUAAGAAUGACCGAAAGUCGCCUAAAAGUCCGCAUUCUCCUAAAGUUAAAACCUCUACAACCGGGAGUAGUUCUCCUGCCAUAAUAACAACGACACCCGCAAAUUCCCCAUUGACGAUCAACACUCUCUCGCCAAAGCAACAAAGAGACAAAACGAACUUAACAUUCACCCCUUCGAACCCGUUCGUACCAAAUCUGGCCAGUCCGACGUUAAAUCCGAAUUCGUUUCUUUAUCCGGGCGCUGGAGGGUUUCCUAGCUACGAUCCGCGGUUUAUGGCUGCUUGUCACAGUUUAUGGUAUACUCAAAGGAUGGCGGCAGCAGCUGCUGCGGGACUAGUAGCACCACCAAUGUCUCACGCUUUCGGCCUAAAUAUAGGUUUGAAUCCUCCUACAACUAUCGGACAACAACCUCACAGUCCUGGGGUAUCACCAAAACAGCCUACCUCUGCAAAAGCCACCGGACAAUCCUCACCAAGAACGAGCUCAAAUGUCACUCUUACGUCACGGUCAACACCCUCGCCAGCAAACAAAAAACCGAAAGAAUCCCAAAAUAAGAGUCUCGAAUCGGCCCUAGAGAAAAUCAGCAGUAAAGCAAAGGAAAUUAACGCGAACAGGCCCAAGGAAGUCGUAAAAAAUGGAUCGCCAUUAAAUCACGUGGUAGAUAAGAAACCUGUGACGGCAGAUGGGAAAUUAAGCGCGUUAGAAAAAAUCAGCAAGAAUAAAGCCUUAGAGAUUGUAGACCGGGGCAAACAGAAAAUUGAAGAGAAGAUAGGGGUGACGACGAGGGAGGAGCCUACGCGUAAAGAAGUCGAAGAAAGGUUAGGAAGUCCACCAGUUAAAGAUGAUAAAGUAAAAGAGCCCUCGACAACCGUUCCAGCGUCAAAGCCGCUUACAGAAGAUCCUAAACCAGAUCCUCCAUCGACAAAGCAAGAAGAGACGAAAUCAAAAGCUACCCCGGAUCCACCAGAAGAAAGCCCUCCAGCUCCUCCACCACCAGAAUCAAAAGAAACUAAUGAAACACCGGAUAAGGACGCAUCAAGCCUGCAUCAAAACAGUUUAAAGGAUGAAACGACUAAUAACGAAGCACAGAAAAAAAGUGAUAGUGACAUGUCGAAAAGCGAAACUAGUGAUAAAAUCUCUGUUAAAGAAACGGAUACGUGUACUAGUGAGGAAAAGCAAUCACAAAUAACGGGAGCGGAAACGAGUUGUAGUAGCACGUAAGUUUUUGCUAGUCCUUUGGAGGCGCAUUUUUUUAUCGAUAUUAAGGUAUAAGCAAUAGCUCUUCUUGUAAAGUUGCCUUUAUAUUUUGUGUAUUUACCUCUCUGUAAAAAGUUCGAUUUUUGUAUAUUUUGUUUGUUUUGUAUAUUAAGUUGUUCAUAAGGGUUUUAUUAAGUUUUAAGUAAAAAAAAAAACGAAACAUGCUCAAUUAUAUUUUUUUUGAACAUCACCUGUUGUGGCAUGUAUUUUAAUUUAUUUAAUUUAUAAGCGGAUUUAAACAGCUCAAGUUUAAAACGGUAAAUACGCUCCCUAUCCCUUUCAUAAUUGAAAAAGUGCCUAGUAGUAUUGUGAGACUUUAAUUUAUAAAAAAAAAGUGUAUUUUUGGAUAUUCUAAAAUUGCCUGCAAAAUUCGUAUUUCUCUAGUCAGGUCGGAUUAGUUCAUUUUGAAGUUUUUAUAAAAUGUGAUAUGUAUAUAGCAUACUUUUUAAAUUCCAGUUUCAGUAACAUACAGACAUAUCACUGUGCUGUUUUGCAGGUAGUUUUUCUUUGGGUAUAAGCCAUUUUAUUUGUAUGCCGGCUUUUUAAGGUUAAAUAAUUUGGAAGAAGCAAUAAGACAAUUUGUGUUUUAUUAGGUUUUAAGAAUUUAAGUCAGUGUUAUUGUCUAUUUUUGUAAAAACCAAUGAAGUAUGUUCCAAAAUUUCAGCUUCUUUAACUCUCUGAAACCAUAAGAGAUCAGGAUCAAAAAAACAUUAUAAAACCGAAAUGCUUUUGGGAAAUAACUGAAAAUUGCAAUUUUCCUGAAGCACUUGUGAGCAAAUUUUGAUGGGAUACUUUUUUCGAAAUUCCACAUUUUGGUUCUUUUAAUUUUUCUCAAAAAAUAUUGAAAAUAAAUUUUCUGGUGUCCCACAACAGUGUACACACAGAGUGUUUUAAGCAAGAAAUUUGUGAUUACAGUAGAAUUCCUCUUAACCGGUCACCUCGGGACUGCAUACCUGGCCGGUUGCCGUUUUGGCUGGUUAAUCCGAAGUGUACUUAUAUAUAUGUACAUAAUACAUAUUAUAUUAUGUUCAUUAUCUAUGUUAUGUACAUGUAUUGAAGAGAGUAUUACACAUAUAUAUGAACAUAAUAAAUAUAAAAUAAUGGAGAAAUAUUCUUUAUAUAGUUAUGUAUGUAAGUUUAAUAUGUAAUUAUUUUUUGAAAAACUCUGUGAUUUUCUUCUGUUUUUUAACCUUCAGUGAAUUUCUGAAUGCAAUAUCCCUCCAUUUUCUAAUCACCAAAACGUCUAAUGCUGUUGACUCAUGUUGCUGCUCAAUGUAUUUUAACGCAAGUUCCAUUACACUUUUGGCUGCUUCAUGAGAUAUCGUUUUUUCCUCUUCAAUGUCACUACUCUCAUCAUAUUCCUCUGGUUCUUUGGUUGCUAAAUCUAAAUCAUUCAAAAAUUCAUUUUCAAGGUGAUCGUCACAACUUAUCAUCCAAUUUUCCACAUCUUCUGGUUGCAAUGAUUCGUUACCCGUUAACUUUUGAAGGUCUUGUAGAGUGGAUUUGUUUUCUUCUUCUUCAGUCCCUGCAAUAUUCGAGAUCGCAACUAGAUUCUCAACAUCUGGUCAAAGUUUUCUCCAAGAUUUAAUAAACGUUGAAGAGGGCAUUUCUUGAAAUGCUGUAGCUAACAUAUAGAUAACGUCCUUGAUAUUGAUCUUUUUGAUGACUUCUAAAAGACCUUUGUCUUCACUCUCCGAGUGUUGCAGAAUUUCAGAAACAAGUUUACGCCUGUAUCGUCUUUUUAAGCUUUCGAUCACUCCUUGGUCCAUUGGUUGCACUAAGCUUGUCACAUUAGGAGGAAGAUAAACUAAUUUUAUGUCAUCUACAUCGCAGUCAUGAGGAUGGGUUGGAGCAUUAUCUAACACUAGAACUGCUUUGAUAGGCAAGUUAACACUUUUUAAAUGUUUUUCAACUCUUGGGACAAACUCUAAAUUAAACCACUUUUUAAACAGGUCUGAAUUCAUCCACGCUGAUUUUUGUGACUUAUAAUAGACCGGAAGGGACGAUGGAUUCAAGUUUUUGAAUGCCCGUGGUUUAGCAGACUUGCCAAUAACGAAAAGAGGAAUUUUAUGAGUUCCCGCUGCAUUCGAACAAACGGCCACUGUAAUACGUUUUUUGUUCUUUUUAAAGCCAGAGGCAGACUGUUCAUGACUGCCUAGAAGUUUUUUCUGGUAACAUUUUAAUGUUUAGCCAGGUCUCGUCCAUACUAUAAACUUGUUCUGGAGAUAAUUCCUCUGUAUUAACCAUUUCACCAAACUUAGUCUUGAAUUCUGUUGCACUUGAAGUAUCAGCAGACAGUUUUUCUCCACUUACACGUGCGACAUGAAUUCCGUGUCGCUCUUUCCAUCGAUUAAGCCAAAUUGAAGCCGGUUAAGACGAAUUAUACUGUUGACUUAGCAGAUCAAGUAGAAUUAAUAUAAUUCGACUAAUUAAAUAGUUUUGAAAACUAAAAUUAUGUUACUCAAAUUAAUUGUUUAAAUUAAAUCAUGUUUUCAGAAUAUUAUAGUCAGCACCAAUGGAUAGUUGCACCUAUUAUUGUUUUUGAACAUAUGCUAUAAUUAAAAUAGAAGGACAAAGACAUAUCAAAAUAAAAUAAAAAUGGUUUUGCUUCAAAUUGUCUAAAGAAAUUCACCUAUAACAGGUGAAUCGCAGAACACACUGUAUUCAUGUUAUUAUUGUAAAUUCCUUUGUAUCGACCUUUAAUAUUCAUUUUCAAGCAAGUUAGUAAAUUUUGUCAGAUCUCUUAAAUUUGCAUGUUAAUUUGAGUUAAUAAAUAAUUUAUUAUCUGUUGUUCAAGGAAUACUUUCAAAAAAAUAUCUCUUUCAAUUGACAAUUAAUAUUUUGGCUCUAAACGUUGCAAUUUAAAAAUUCUCUCUUGAACCAAUUAUAUUUCCGUAAUGUUAUUCGAAAAUAUUAAUAAUUAAACUUAACUCUAAAAGUGCUUUAGGAAAGUCAUCAAACCCCUCCAUUUCACCUAAAAAUCACUUACGGUUUCUGAGAUGUAACUCUGUUUGUAACUCUUUCAUUUGGUAAAGAUAAUGGAUUAUUUAAGGUGAACAUUAUAAAAAGUAUAUGAAGAAUGCCAAAUUUUGUUAUUUUGAUGAAAGUAUAAAAAAGUAUUGGAAAAGUAUUUCUUGGUACUUUCAUCCAGAUCAGGCACCGCUCAUUUAGGCUCUCAGGCUCACCCAUUUUAAAUGAAAUUGUCGAUUUAUGUUCAGUUUUUUCUGAGAAAAAAGUCCUCUCAGUCCAAUUCCAGGUUUUAUACAGUUUAUUAAUAAAUGGGUUUGUCAAGUAUAAAUAUUACCAUUCUCCAUAUACUUUAUAUGUAAUUCUAAUAGUCUAUCCAAAUCUCAUGUGUAUUUUAAGCCAUUUUUGUAUCUUAGCUCAUUUUUUCCAUAAAAUGAUUUUUAGAAAAAUGACCCAAGAAAGGUAUUAAGAUACUGUAAGAAAACGCUAAUUUAGUUUUUGUUUGCGCCAUUAAAAGUAUUUUAUUAAUCAGUACGUAAAUCCAAAUCCAUCAAUCAACAAAUUCAUUCUUUCAUCCCAGUUUGGUGUACAAAAACCAUGAAUUAUUUUUUUUAACUUAUUUUGGAUUUUGAGUCCAAUUAAAUAACAUUUAAGAACCUAUCCUAACCUAAUUUGUUUUUAAAUCAGCUAUAACAUCUCUUUUCCUUAAUUUCUGUUAAAAUACAUCUGCAAUCAACAAAAACUAGAAGUUUUUGACAAAUACUUAUAAUCCAGAGCAGCUGUUAUAAAAUAAUGGUGCCUUUACACUACUAUCUAUAGAUUUUCCACUAAUAGAUCCAUAAGCUAUAGUAAACUUUUUUUAAAUGUUGGUUUUUUAAAAUAGUUUAUAUUAUCAUGUUAGAAGUUUCAGGUUCAGGACUAAAUAAACCUUCUAUUUCUGACAUUUUUAUCAUGCAUUUAAUUGUAUUCAGGAGUAGAAACUAUACUAUUCAUACUUUUUUUAAAAGUUUAAUUUUGUCCUAAAGCUGUAACUUCCAAAUCGGACAUUGAAGGACGCAAAUCUUAGGCAUUGACUUUAUAUUAUGGUACAAGUCUUGUUCAUUUCUUAAUUUGCUAGUGAAUGCACACAGGGUAUCGAUUUUUUUGUUUCCAACCAAAGACACGCCGUAGAAAACGUUUAUAGCACUAUGUAUACGAAAACAGCCGUUUAAUUUUUGUUGGCGACGUUAAUAUUAUCUUCCAAAAUUGUGUGAAAAAUAUGAAAUUUUUGACAAAUGCGGUAGGCUGUGAAGAGAUCUACUUUUAAUCUUAUUAGCGUUUUCUAGAUAUUUUAUAUUAUAGCACAGGAAUGAUAAAUUAGCUGUGUUUGUGAUCGUUACUAUAGUUGCUUUCUGUUUUGUUUAAAGGAAGUGGACAAUAUUUGUUUUUUUAACUCGCUUAUCCCAGACAGAUUAUAUCGUGACAAUAAACAAAAUUUUUUAAUGCGGAAAAUGUAUUCGAAAUUUUUCUUUUGCGUUUGAAAAUAAAAUUUAGGAAUUCUGGGAUAAAUGUGACGACAACAGAGGAUUUUAUACAUAAUUAUACAACUUAUAAUGUAGAUUUUGUUUUUUGAGCUGUAAAAUAUAGAGAUUUUAUUAUGUACAAUUGUAUAUACAAGCACAGAUGAUUUUAAUAAAAUAUUUAUAGUUUUAACUUAA